AUGGCAGCAAAGAUAUGCCCACAUUGUUCCAAUAAGCAAGAAGUUUACAUUGUGAUGGGGCGGUUCAAAAAUUUCAUCCCUGCAUUGUUUCAUUUGUUUGGUGGUUUGGCUCUCAUUCUUUUGGUUCAAGCUCAGGAUCAAUCGGGCUUCAUAAGCAUAGAUUGUGGACUAGCAGAAAAUUCGAGCUAUUCAGAGCCCACAACAGGCAUAAUAUACAUUUCUGAUGCGACCUACAUUAACACUGGUGUAAGUAAGAGCAUACCACUUGAAUUCAAAGAUGGCCUACAACAACAAGCGUGGACACUCAGAAGCUUUCCACAAGGUAUCCGGAACUGUUACAGCAUAAACAACAUUACACAAGGCGCUAAAUAUAUUAUCGGAGCAAACUUCUAUUAUAUGAAUUAUGAUGGUCAGGGCAAAUUGCCUGAAUUUGAUCUGCAUCUUGGACCAAAUUUGUGGGAUACCAUCAAAAUAGAGAAUAUUUCCCUUGGUGUAAUCAAGGAGCUCAUACAUGUACCAUCUCUAAAUCACAUACAAGUCUGCCUUGUAAACACUGGUCUUGGGACACCAUUUAUAUCAGCAUUAGAGCUAAGGCCAAUAAACAGUUCAUUGUAUGUGACAAAUUUUGGAUCAUUGUCGCUCUUCUUACGCUCUGAUUUGGGUUCAGAAAAAGGAUACAGGUAUAAGGAUGAUGUUUAUGAUCGCUAUUGGUCAAGCCUGAACUUCAAUGAUUGGAAAGCUGUAAGUACCUCGUUGACAGUAAACAAAGAAAGACACAAUGCUUACUGGGUACCAUCUGUUGUCAUGAGUACUGCUGCUACACCAAUAAAUGAGAGUGCUCCCAUGGAAUUCUACGUACAGCCAACUGACAUAAAUUCUGAAUUUUAUGUCUACAUGCACUUUGCUGAAGUUGUAAAGCUAAGAGCGAAUGAGUCCAGAUCAUUCAACAUUACAAUAAAUGGAGAACUCUGGUAUGGACCCCUUUCUCCUACAUACUUGUUGACGGAUACUGUGUACAGCACAACGGCCUUGACAGGAGGAAAAUAUGUUUUCUCUAUCCUCAAAACUGGGAAUUCAACACUUCCACCAAUCAUCAAUGCAAUUGAGAUAUAUACAGUCAAAGAUCUCCCACGAUCAGAAACCGACCAACAAGAUGUUGGUGCCAUAACAAACCUCAAGUCAACGUACGGAGUGGAGAGGAAUUGGCGUGGAGAUCCGUGUGCCCCAAAAGCAUACUCGUGGGAAGGUCUUAAUUGUAGCUACGAGGGUUAUAAUCCCCCUAGAAUAAUAUCCUUGAAUUUGUCCUCAAGUGGAUUAACCGGAGAAAUAUCAGUUGAUAUAUCAAAUCUCGUAAUGUUACAAUACUUGGAUUUAUCAAACAAUAGCUUAACGGGAUCGGUGCCAGAGUUAACUCAAUUAAAAUACUUGAGGGUCUUAAACUUAAAACAAAACCAACUUAAUGGUUCAAUUCCAGCUAAGCUCAUUGAAAUUUCUGAGAAGGGUUCACUAUUGUUAAGUGUGGAUGAAAAUUCAAAUUUUUGUGGAUCUGGUUCAUGCAACAAGAAGAAGAAGAAUAUUGCCUUUCCAAUUGUAGCAUCAGUUGGUGGAUUGUUCAUCCUCUCGUUAACUGUUGUGGCCAUCUUGUGGGGGCUAAGAAGCAGAAAACAACAACAUACGACUAAAGUUGCCAAAGUAGAUCUUGAACCCAACGUCCAGAAUCAAUCAUUGGAGUCAAUACAACGACAAUUUACAUAUCCUGAUCUCCUAAGAAUUACCAACAACUUUGAGAGAAUUCUUGGUAAGGGUGGAUUUGGAACAGUUUUCCAUGGCUGCAUUGAAAACACUCAAGUGGCAGUGAAAAUGCUCUCUGCAUCAUCAGUUCAAGGAUAUCAGCAAUUUCAAGCAGAGGCAAGUAAAACUUUUAUGAGAGUUCAUCAUAAAAACUUAACUACCCUUGUCGGGUAUUGCUAUGAAGGAACAAACAUGGGGCUUGUUUAUGAGUACAUGGCCAACGGAGACUUAGAAGCACAUCUUUCAGGUGAGAAUACAAAUAUCUUGAGUUGGGAAGCCAGACUUCAAAUAGCAAUGGAUGCAGCACAAGGAUUGGAGUAUUUGCACCAUGGUUGUAAGCCACCUAUAAUUCAUAGAGAUGUGAAGACAACAAACAUCUUACUGAAUGAAAAGUGCCGUGCCAAACUAGCUGAUUUUGGUCUAUCCAAGAUUUUCCCAACUGAUGGUGGCACUCAUGUCUCAACUGUUGUUGCUGGCACCCCUGGGUACCUAGACCCUGAGUACUAUAUAACCAAUUGGUUAACUGAGAAAAGUGAUGUAUAUAGUUUUGGAGUUGUGCUUUUGGAGAUAAUCACGAAUCGACCUGUGAUAGAAAGAUCCAAAGAAAGGAUUCACAUAAGUCAGUGGGUGAGUUCCAUGCUUGCUAAAGGGGAUAUAAAAAAUAUUGUUGAUCCAAAGUUGGAUGGAAAUUACAACGUCAACUCUGUGUGGAAAGCUGUUGAAAUAGCAAUGCUUUGUUUAUCUCCAACAUCCAGUAAAAGGCCAACAAUGGAUCAGGUAGUGGCAGAACUGAAGGAGUCCGUGGAAACUGAAUUAGCUCAAAGGAAAGACCGAUAUGAGGAUGAAUCAAAAGAUUCAUUUGACAUGAUCAACAUCAAUGUGACGACUGCACUCAAUCCUUUAGCCAGGUAAAAUGUUUUCCAAGAUGGAAAUUGGCGUAUUGGAUUUUGAACCUGUUCUGCUUUUUGUAAUUUUUGUCAGUUCAUACUUCAUAUUUUACUUCAAUUAAUUUCAGU